CGCGCGUUUGUGUGAAAUAGAGAGAAAGAGAGAGAGAGAGAAGGAGGGAGGGAGGAGGAGGAGGAGAGAAACGGUGGUCAGAGUGAUGCAGACCUUCAGACCGGACAGACACGCGGCCGAACUAAACGGGACUAAAUCAAAGAAGAGCCGCUGAGGUCUACCACAAUCAUGAAGAGCUGUGUGUGUGCGUGUGUUUGUGUGUGUGUGGUGAUAUGAUAGUGAAGUGUAAGUGUGAACAUGUCUGAAAACAUCACAGUGAGUGUGUGCAUGUCAGAGGUAGAGUAGUGUGUGAGUGUGUGUGUGUGUGACGGUGAUCACGAUGUCGUCGUCGUCGCAGGACUUGAUAAACUGCACCAUCAGCCAUGAGAUCCACCAGUACCUCUUCUCCUGCGUGUACAUCAUCGUUCUUUUGAUCGGUGUCCCCUCCAACCUGUACUCUCUGUACCACGCUGCUGUGCAGCUGAAGCAGAAGAACGAGCUGGGAGUUUAUUUAAUGAACCUCACCGUGUCUGACCUGUUGUACCUGGCUUCAUUACCUCUGUGGCUGCAGUACAUCUUUCAGGACGAUGACUGGAGUCACAGGGAGUGGUUGUGUCAGCUCUGUGGUUUCCUGCUCUACGAGAACAUCUACAUCAGCAUCGGCUUCCUCUGCUGCAUCAGCCUGGACCGUUACCUGGCGGUCGUCCAUCCUUUAAGGUUCACGUCUCUUCGCUCGAUGCGUGCGGCGUGGCUCGUCAGCGCCCUGAUUUGGUUGAAAGAGAUCGCUGUGGGCGUCGUUUUCUUCCGACAUAAAGAACUGAGCCAAAACAGAGAAAACCAAUCUGUGUGCUUCGAGCAUUACCCCAUGAAGUCCUGGGAGUAUCCCAUCAACUACUACCGCUUCACUGUCGGCUUCAUGUUCCCGCUGGCCAUCCUUUCGAUCAGCUACCUGUGCGUCCUCCGCGCUGUGGGUCGCAGCGCGGGGACUCAGCCGGAUCAGAAGACGAGGGUCAGACAGUUAGUCAGCAGCACCAUCCUCAUCUUCCUCGUCUGCUUCUCCCCGUACCACGUCUUCCUGUUGGUGCGCACCCUGCUGGAGCGGGACUGCAACUUCAUCGCAGGAAUAUUUAACUACUACCACCUGUCAUUGUUGCUGACCACCCUGAACUGCGUGGCCGACCCGGCUCUCUACUGCUUUGUGAGUGAGAGCGCCCGCCGCGGCCUGUACGGAGCCAUAUUCAGGCCCAUUUCCAAGGUGCUGUGCUGCUGCUUACGCCGCGGCAACGCCAGCCCGAGCAACCCGACCACCGAUUCCCACGAAGUCGCCACUGACGACAACAACGGACACCCGACAGUGACUCUGCUCACACACACCAGCACGCUGAACAAUUUAAAAACAGACCCCUCGGGGAAGAACACGAUUUUAAUCACACAGACUGAGGAGAAAACUUUAACAUCUUUAAUUUUACACAACAACAGAGACUUGGAUAAAUGCGUGGACAGGGGCGGGAAGCCCAGCUGUGUGAUUGCAAUGGAAGAGUGGAGCAUAAAGACAGAGAAGGCCGAAGGAAACAACAAGAUCAACAGCUAAGAUCAAAAGAAGAGAACGCACAACAAACCAAGAGAACAGAAUCCUUCCUCUGGAGGCCUCAGUGAUGUCCGAGAGAUGUGCGUGCAUGAGCGUGUGUGUGUGUGUCUGUGUGUGUGUGUGUGUGUGUGUGUGUGUGUGUGUGUGUGUGUGUGUGUGUGUGUGUGUGUGUGUUAAUCUUGGCUGUAUCAGCUGUUCCUGGCUGCCGCUGUCGUUCAGCAGGAAGUCACAUUAAACUCGGGUCACUCUGGCGUCAGAGGUCGCAGUUUAAAAGGAGCUGAAGGGAGAUGAG